ACCGCGGAGUCCUUCCACCUCUGCCAGCAUGGAAGGAAAAGGAGAUGCUACCGGUACUGGGGCGGCAACUGCAGCCUCUCCGGAACCGGCAAUUGGGGAGUUACUCGCAGAUGAAUGCUAUGCAGACUUUUUACGGGAAGACUUUGAUGUAAAGGCCUACACCUCACAAUCUAUUCAUCAAGCUGUUAUAGCUGAACAGUUAGCAAAGCUUGCUCAAGGGAUCAGUCAGCUGGAUAAAGAGCUUCAUGUGCAAGUGGUUGCGAGGCAUGAGGAUUUGCUGGCACAAGCAACUGGCAUAGAAUCUUUGGAAGGUGUUCUUGAAAUGAUGCAGACCAGAAUUACUGCCCUGCAAAGUACUGUUGACAGAAUCAGAGGCAAAAUUAUUGAUCCAUACAACAAAAUAGUAUCUCGCACGGCACAGUUAGCAAGACUUCAGGCUGCCUGUGACUUGCUGCGGAGAAUAAUACGCAUCUUGUAUCUCAGCAAGAGGCUUCAAGGGCAGCUGCAGGGAGGAAGCCGAGAGAUAACAAAAGCUGCUCAGAGCCUCAAUGAGCUUGAUUACCUUUCUCACGGAAUAGAUCUCUCUGGAAUAGAAGUAAUUGAAAACGACCUUCUGUUUAUUGCAAGAGCUCGACUUGAGGUGGAAAACCAGGCUAAACGGUUGCUUGAGCAAGGAAUAGAAACUCAGAAUCCAACUCAAGUAGGCACCGCUCUUCAAGUUUUCUAUAAUCUUGGAACUUUGAAAGUCACAAUUGCCAAUGUUCUGGAUGGAUAUUGCAUGAGUUUGGAGGAGAACAUCAACAAUGCCUUGGAUAUUAAGGUUUUGACUCAGCCCUCUCACACAGUGGUUAGAGGUGGUGGCCCUGGGCGAGCAACUAUGCCAACACCAGGAAAUACUGCAGCCUUUAGAGCAGCUCUGUGGACUAAUAUGGAGAAGCUGAUGGAUCAAAUCUGCGCAGCUUGUGGACAGGUGCAACAUCUGCAGAAAGUAUUGUCCAAGAAAAGAGAUCCUGUUACCCAUGUGUGUUUCAUUGAAGAAUUAGCCAAGGAUGGCCAGUCAGAUAUUUUGUACACAUUUUGGACAGCUGUGACUUGCUCUCUUGCCUCUCAGUUUCAGAAAGCAACUGACUCUUCCAUGUUUUUGAAACAAGCUUUUGAAGGAGAAUAUCCUAAAUUAUUGAGACUCUAUAAUGAUCUGUGGAAGCGUCUUCAACAAUAUAGUGAAAACAUUCAAAGAAAUGUUAUUACAAAUGGGAGCGUGGAACACUUUGCUGAACUUCAGCAGCUAGAAGAAGAUGCACAUGACAUAUUCAUGCAAAAGAAACAAGAUUAUGACCCAGAAAUAGCCCUGAAAGACUCUUUGCAACCUUAUGAAGCUGCCUACUUGUCAAAGUCCUUAUCUCGGCUCUUCGACCCCAUCAACCUCGUCUUUCCACCUGGAGGGCGCAAUCCUCCUUCACCUGAUGAGCUUGACAGUAUCAUCAAAACCUUUGCAAGUGAAUUGAAUGUGGCUGCUGUAGAUCCAAAUCUCAGUUUGGCAGUCUCAAAAAAUGUGGCAAAGACGAUACAACUUUUUGGUGUGAAAUCUGAGCAGCUGCUGUCUACACAGGGAGAGGCUAGCCAGGUGAUUGGGCCAUUAACUGAAGGACAAAGAAGAAACGUGGCUGUAGUAAAUUCACUGUACAGAUUACACCAGUCAGUGCUAAAAGUUGUGUCCAGCCUUACUGCUUUUCCAGCGGCUUCAGAAGAAACUAUUAGCACAACCUUGAAGACAGUCCAUGAUUUGAUGGGAAAUGCUGUGCAACCUUUGCUGAACUCAGUUAGCGACUCAGUCGAGGCUAUUAUCAUCACUAUGCAUCAGGAAGACUUUUCCGGAUCACUACCCACUUCAGGGAAGCCUGAUAUCCCUUGUUCUUUGUACAUGAAAGAGCUACAAGGUUUCAUAGCGAGAGUCAUGAAUGACUACUUCAGGCACUUUGAGUGCUACGACUUUGUCUAUGCAAGUACCGAAGCCAUUGCUCAGAGAGCUAUUGAAAUUUUUAUUCGCAAUGCUAGCCUGCUAAGGCCUCUGGGUGAAGGCGGGAAAAUGCGGCUGGCUGCUGACUUUGCACAGAUGGAGUUAGCUGUGGCACCUCUCUGCAGGCGGGUGUCUGAUUUGGGAAAAUCUUACAGACUCUUAAGGUCAUUCAGACCAAUGUUGUUCCAGACGAGUGAACAUAUUGCCAGCAGCCCAGCCGUGGGGGAGAUAAUUCCAUUCAGUACUGUUAUCCAGUUCUUAUUUACAAGGGCACCACCAGAAUUAAAAUCCCCAUUUCAGAGAGCAGAAUGGACUGUUGCCCGUUAUUCCCGGUGGCUUGAUGACCAUCCAUCAGAGAAGGACAGGCUCAUCUUAAUACGGAUUCUUAUUUUACAAAUGGGCCUUACAACAGAAAGUAUACCUUUGUCUCCUAAUAAGAGUGAUCCUACCAAGAGUGAUCCAGGCAAGCAGGAAACCAUGCCUUUUUUCUAGGGUCUACAAAGCAGUUAAUAGACACUUUUAAUUUUCAGUUCUUCUUUUCCAGUUGACAUUUACCACUCCUUGCUUCCUUCCUAUUUGUGGUUGGCUUUAUUAAAAAGUAUACAAAUGUAUGUAUUUUCUGCAAUUCCAGGAAGUCCCUCAAGUAUGGACAAACAACUUUAUUUUGAAAAGGCUGUUUUACUUCAGUAUUGAUAGGCACUUGACCGAGUUAAUAAUUAGAAGGGACUUGAAACAAAACAUUAUAGUGUGUUCUUGCUCUAGUUACAUUUUAUUGCAUGACUCUGGAAAACAUGGAAGAGGACCCUUGUAGUGUUACUCAGGAGUAAAUUUUAGUAAGGGAGAGAAAGGAUACCACAUGGUGCAGAGGGCUAGUGGCCUCAAACCUGAUUUUGGAGCUGAAUGGUUGGGUCAUGUAGUUUUUAAAGGGCUAUUGCCUUUGUUUCCACUUGAUUUUAUCAGGUACUUAGGUAACUCUUAACAUCUUAGAUUAAGAAUCGAAAAAUUACCAGUCUAGAAUUGCUACAGAUUCAUUUAGUAAAUAGUAAAAGUUUUUUUUUAAAUUGAUGAGAUUAUAAAGCAGCAUCGGUUGAGUGCACUUCAUGUGCAUUAUCUAGUUUUUACUAACCUCAUCUGAGUCAUUAGUUCUAUGUUGUAUAAAACAGAAAGGAAAAUGGAAAGGCUUGAAAGCUGUAUGAAGAAUUACAUGUCAUUUCCAGUUGCAUAAAUAUCCUGCUUCUAUCUUUCCCCUUUGCUUUUCCUUGUUCUGUUGAAGGGAAAAGAAGAAAUGUGUCCUUGUCACCCAGGCAACCAGCCUGAUAUUACUCCACUAUGGAGUGUCAUGUUCUGCUUAACACUAGGUUUCACCCAAACCUAGUUCUGGUUCCAUAGAAUUACACAUGACUAGCUUAAGCAGAAUGUGAGUGGGGGGCACACACUUAGAUUCAUGUUUCUAUUCAUAUUAUGCCUGAACAAAUGACUAGAUCUGGGCAAGCAAUCUUCAGAUCCAUUGUCUUUUCUGCCACAAUCUUUUUACAAUCUGUUGUAAGCCGCCCCGAGGCUUCGGCGAAUGGGGCGGCAUAAAAAUGUUUUAAUAAAUAAUAAAUAAAUAAAUAAAUAAAUAUCUUUUUGGAAUGAGUAGAAUAAAUCAUGACAAGGGUCAGAGAAUUUCUGCCAGAAGGAAUCAGAAAUGGGGCCCACUCCUGUUUGAAUUUUCACAUUUACAAACCGGUCUGUUGAUCAACCCUUAAAGGAAAGUUUGGGAGUUUCAGCCUGCGGGCCAAGUUCAAUUUCAGAGAUGCUGUUGGAGGCCAUAUACUGAAAAAUGGGUAUAAUAAUACACACACACCAGCAUGUUCUGUGUGUGUUGCGGGGGUUAAUAGUGGGGGAAUUAGCAGAUGAGAGAAAUACAUAUGGCCGAGUAUCCCAGGCAACCAUCUUGGAUGCCCAGGUUAAAUUUGGCCACUGUGCCAAAGUGUCUCCAUCCCCUGCAAGGAAACAGAGAUGGUGUGCACACAUGCACACACACCGCUGUCAUUAGAUACCUUCUACUCUAGUGAGUGUAAGCCAUGGCUGAGCUUUUAACAACAAAGGGAUUGGCAUUUCUAGGCUGUUUGUUUGCAACGUAUCUACUGUGAAGUGAACUUGUAAUAAGAAACACAUUGAUUCUAACACUUUCCCCCCCUUUCACACAGAGGUGCAUUGGAAGCUUAUGUUCAAUCAGUAAGAAGUAGAGAAGGAAAAGAAUUUGCUCCGGUUUAUCCUAUAAUGGUACAACUGCUGCAGAAAGCACUAUCUUCUCUUCAGUAAAACAUUUGUUGGAACGUACUGGAGAUCUUAUGAUCAGAACUUGUAUAAAUAGUGUUGCUUUCUUCUUUCAAAAAUCUCCUUCAAGCUUUAGCUUUUCCUAUACACAAUUUGAAUGAUGUUCUAAUGUCAUGUUGAGUUUAGAAACCAAACAUUUGUAUUGCAAAAAGGCUUUUCCUAUGUUUGAUAGUAUGGAAUAGUUUGUACAGAAUUUCAUGGGAGCAAGUGCUACAUGAACUAAGAAAAAACCACAUUUGCUUUUCACGAACAAUCCUGAAGCUUUAAAGUUAUUAGAGGAAUUAAAAUCUCAAUGUUCACGUAAUAAACAAUUUCAUAAAA